AUGUCCCUCCGAGGCGGCUCCUCAGCCGGCUAUGGCAUCAACAGCGGCCCCAACCCGUACGGCUCCUCCUCCCAGCAAGAGGAGCAGGGCAUCCUCGACCAGAUCCGGCCCUACACGAGCAAGGUUGAGGACCUACUCGAGAGCGUCAGCGAGCCCAUCAAGCCAUACCUUCCCGCCAUUGGCCGCUUCCUCAUUGUCGUCACCUUCCUCGAGGACGCGCUCCGCAUCAUGACCCAGUGGAGCGACCAGCUUCUCUACCUCCGCGACUACCGUCACAUCCCGAACUAUAUCACCCACCUGUUCCUCCUCGUCAAUGUCGUCGCCAUGCUCGUCUGCUCCACGCUCGUCAUCAUCCGCAAGUACUCCGACUACGCCGUCGCCGGUCUCAUGGGCGUCGUCGUCACCCAGGCCCUCGGCUACGGCCUCAUCUUCGACCUCAACUUCUUCUUGCGCAACCUUUCUGUCAUUGGCGGCCUCAUCAUGGUCCUCUCCGACUCGUGGGUUCGCAAGACCAAGGCCUUUGCCGGCCUGCCUACUCUGGACGAGAAGGACCGCAAGAUGUACUUCCAGCUCGCCGGCCGUGUCCUCCUCAUCUUCCUGUUUGUCGGCUUCGUCUUCUCCGGCUCCUGGUCCAUCUGGCGCGUCAUUGUCUCCGUCCUCGGCGCUGGCGCUUGCGUCAUGGUCGUCGUCGGUUUCAAGGCCAAGUUUAGCGCCACCCUGCUCGUCGUCAUCCUCUCCAUCUUCAACCUGUUUGUCAACAACUUCUGGACUCUCCACCCCCACCACCCCCAGAAGGACUUUGCCAAGUACGACUUCUUCCAGAUCCUCUCCAUUGUCGGUGGUCUCCUCCUCCUCGUCAACAGCGGCCCCGGCCAGUUCUCCAUCGACGAGAAGAAGAAGGUCUACUAA